GGGGCAAAUGCAAAGCGAGCCUCGUGUCCGAACACCCCAAUCCCAAAGACGGGCAAGUAUGUAAAGCCGCAUUUGAAAGAGGUUUACAAGUCCUUCCGGGAUGAGUGGGUCAACUGCAACGUCUUUCGGUCUCCUGGGCCAAUGCAGCUUGAUUCGUCUGGUGAUGUGGGACCGCUGUCUGAGAGACCCAUCACCUUGCUGGCGGACUACUUCAGUGUAGAUGAGCUCAAGCAGAUCGUGCAACCAAGCUCUCAGCCUGCUCCGUUGGUAAUGUGCCAGGAGCCAUUAGUCGUUCGAGAUGUGCGGUUACGCGAGAACUUGAGCUUACUGGAGCAAGAGAGGCUGAUCUAUGAGCCAGCCUUGCCAGGCUAUCUUCGCAACCAGGUCACUUGGCAGGAGGAUGAGCUCGCACCGCACUCCUGCGACAAUAUUGAGGAGUUGGUCCAGUCUUUUCCCCUGAUGCAUGCCCACGUGAGUGCGAUUCGCCUCGUGCCUCCGAUUGCCGCGGAGGGCGAUGAGGUUGAAACAUUGGUAUCAGAGCGAUCGCCGACGUCAACCAUGAGACACACCGCAGGGGCCUCGGAAUAUGGGAAGCCCAUGACCGUGGGCAUUGUUUUCGCUAGCAGCCAGGUGCCAGGCUACCAUCCGGUCAUUGCGGGUCUGUUCGAUUACUUGGCCAGCCUGCCGCAGCCGACCAAGCUUAUUGGCUUCUUCUGUGGGUACGAAGGCCUGCUGAAAGACUUGUGGGCACCAGUCACCCAGGACAUGGUUGACCAAUUCCGGAAUUUGGGCGGACAGGACAUAUUAUGUCAAUUUGGUGAUCCAUCAACGCUUGCCUUCAAGGACCACUUGCAGGCUGCAAUCGAAACAAUUUCACGUCACAAGCUGGAUGGCCUCGUCAUGGUUGGAAACGAAGCAAACCAGGUGGAUUCGGCCUUCCUGGCGGAGGCCUGCGCAGCUUCUCGGUUGAGCACCAGGGUCAUCGGCGUGCCAGUAUCACUGGAUUGCAAUUUCCCAUUCGUGCAGCAGACGAUUGGCUUUGACACAGUGACACGAACGCUGUCAGCAUUCAUUGGUACCAUUGGCAACCUGGUCAAAACAUCGAGGAACAUGUGGAUAUUCGUCCGGACAAUGGGUGAUGCCUGGUCGCACGUGGCAGUCCAGAUUGCCUUGCAGACUCACGUCCACAUGGUUCUGCUUUCCGGCAGUCAGCUGUUGGGUCAAUAUUUGGUCAACAUUGUCUCGUGUCUCUGCGACCUCAUCGUGAAGCGCCAUGAGCAAGGCGAGGACUACGGAAUUAUCAUGCUGCCUGUCGGGUUUGUCAAUGACAUCCUCGAGCUGCGCAUCUUGUUCUCCGAGCUCAUGGAGGUGAUGGCCAAGGACCACUACGAGCAGAGUUGGGAAUCCAUUCCUCAGAUUGCCAUGCGGCUAAAGCCAGCAACUGCCGCCCUGUUUGACGUGAUUCCUCGGGACGUUCAGUACGAAAUCUGCUUCGGCGGCCGGGAGAGGUACAUGAACAAGAUUGAUUUCUCCACGAUUUCCACAGACCGCCUCUUACUUCGUUUCGUCGAACUGGAGCUGUACCGACGCCGACAGCUUGGCCACAUAUCCAAGGAUUUCUUCAAUGGCAUGUGCUACCCGAUGGCCUAUCAGGCAAGAUCAGCCAUGCCGACGAAUUUUGAUUGCGAUUUGGCAUACACUCUCGGCUGGUCCGCCGGAAUCAUGGUCAACCUGGAGAAAACUGGCCAACUGGUUCAUGUGUCCAAUUUGGAGAAAGAUGUCAAUGAGUGGCGCGUUCGUGGUCUUCCCCUGACUUGCUUGCUCAGAACCGAAUAUGAUGAAGAGACGCAGGAAUAUCGAAUCCUUCCAGCUUAUGUGCACCUGCUGAAGCAGAGGAACGUCAAGAGACCAUUUGUCGACCUGCCGCCACCUAAGAAGAGGAUAAUUCAAACCCUUGGCCCCGUACAGUACGCACGUGAGGUUCAUGAACUGAGGACGACUUGGUACAUGGAAAACCAGCCGAUCCAGGACCCUACAGAAGCCUUGCGAGAAACUGCAUAUCUCUGCAGCGAGUUGCAGUCCACGAUGGCGCUUGCAAAGGCGGAGUCGACCCUCUACGCCGUCAAUAGUUUGCUGGACAACGCGGUAUCUGUUCUGGACGCUUACAAGCGUCUGCAUGACUCCAAGAAGCGCGGUCAGCAGUCGCUGGCAGAGGUUCCGAUGGAACAUCUCUCAAAGGUGUGGACAACCAAGCACAUGGACAGAUCGGAGCACCAAGGUUUGGAGCACAG